AAACCAAUGUGUUAGGAUGAUUGCCUAGCACAUACCAAUGUGAUUUUGUCCGCUCUGCAGAACUAACCCUUCCCACACUGUGCUGUGGCAGUGCCACUUUCACUGCUAUUGAAUUACUUAACUUAAGCUAAUGAUAAGUAGUAAUAUACAAUUUGUACCACUUUAGGCUUUGACAAGCAGUGUUUCUUCUGGAAAUGUGUAUCUUUUUAAACAAAUGUUUCAACAAACAUUCUGCUAUCCGUAACACAAAAAGCACAUGUGACAACUACGAACCAUAUUGUUUGUCCUUUAUUUUGUCCAACACUACACUUAGCAGUGUGUUUAAAAAACAACAUGUUUUUGUGUAUAAUAUGCUUUUGAGUUCUACUACUGCUUUAAGUUAUACAACCAGAGUAUGAAAGCAUACUAUCUGGUAAUACUGGUAAUAUAUCAUUUUAAAUAUGAUAAAAACUUGGACCCUUGGCAAAAAACUGUCUUCAGGAAAUCUAUAUCUCAUUUAUUAAUCUGCUGCUAUGGAUGCAGUAUCAACAAAAACAAAAAUUCCAAAAUCUUUUUCUUACAGCAUAAUGCUUUGCUAUUGGAAUGGUUGUGUGCACUGUUGCAUCACUUUGAUGGAACAGUGUGAAUAAUGGUCAGAAAUUCUAAAUGAAUGUUUAAUGUUAUACAUUUUAAGAAACACUACUGAACUAUUAAUGCAUACAAUACAUAUUUCUGGGAAGGAUUACUGGAUACUCAUGGAAUAUCAGGGACUGAAACGACAGUUAGAUAAACUCCAAGAGGAGAACAUGAGGAUGAAGGUAGCCCUUAGGCAGCUGAGGACCGAAAACCAACAUCUACUGACUAGAAGCAGAAGAAACACAGUUUCACACCACUGCAGUGUGAGUGUGGAACAGGAGCCCAGCACCCUGCAGCAGCAGCCUGAGGCCUUCCGCAUCCAGCUGCUGGGCAAGGACAGCAAGAUGGCGGCUGUGUGCCCGCUGGAGAAGGAGAGGAAGAUGGCGGCUGUGUGCCAGCUGGAGAAGGAGAGGAAGAUGGCGGCUGUGUGCCAGGUGGAGAAGGAGAGGAAGAUGGCAGCUGUGUGCCAGCUGGAGAAGGAGAAGAAGAUGGCGGCUGUGUGCCAGGUGGAGAAGGAGAGGAAGAUGGCGGCUCUGUGGCCGGACAGCCCGCAUGCUGGGCUGCAGAAGCUGAAGGGGGCUCUGACAGAGCACCAGGCCCCCCCCUUCCUGAGAACAACGGUCCAGUCCGCAGGCGAUGCUGCUAGCCUGGACACAAAGCAAAACCUUGCACCCCUGAAAAAGCGCAUGGGGGUGGACCGUGCCCACCCACUGGAGCCAAUAACCGUGAAGAAAAUCCACAACAACGGCGUCAAAGAGGCGGAGCAGUGUCAGCCACGCCCGCUGCUCUCCUCUCAGCCAAUGGCGGCUCCGGAGGCCGACACGGUCAGCAGCGGAAGGGGCCGGGCCAUUAAGGCUAAUGAGUACAUGGCCUGGUCGAUAGACAGCAUGGGGGACAAUAUCAUGAACUUCUGCAAGGACCUGCUCCUCCGAGCCAAGGCCAAAGAAGCCGACCGCAAGGUGACUGAGAUGAGUGAGAUUAUUUACUACGAGGGCCCUGAAAAACUUCAGGUCCUCCGCUCCACAGAUGCCAGGACUAAUUCUGAAUCUCGCACCCCUGAGUGUGAUGCCCCUGAGUCUCACGCUACUGUAUCCAACCCUGAGCGCACUCUGGACUCAUCCAUCAAACAGAGGAGCAGGCUGCCCUAUCUGAAGAGGCUCCACACCCACAUGGACACGAGUGGCACCCCCUGGUACCCCCACCAGAACACACAGGACCCCAAACUGCUGCCCGAUGAACAAAACAGCCAGCCCUGCAGCCGCAGGAAGACCCAGGGCGUCAUGGAGACCGGCAGAAAUGGACAAAAACGCACAAAAUUACGUCUAAAGAGGGUCAAAAAAUCCACAAAGAGCCACACGGCCCACAAUUCUGUUCACAAAACACCCCCAACCUGUGAGCCGAAAGAUGACCCCCCCUGCCCACGCAGGCUCCUCCCCCUCAUGAGGACCUGCAUCCCCCAGACAGAAAGCCCAGGCGAGCCGUCCCAGGGCCCCCCGGGACCCAGCUGCAGGGACCAGGAGCAGCACAGGCCCCUCUCCAAGCCUCAGCUGGCCCUCGACCACACCUUCCAGCUUCUCGGCUCGGACCGCUGGGAGCAGAAGAUAGAGGGUCUGACCCGUAUCCGGAGGCUGGCACAGUGGCACUCGGAUGUCCUUGUGGCCCGUCUCCAUGACGUCUGCAUGGCUGUCAUCCUGGAGGCAGGCUCACCACACACUCUCAGCCUGAAUAUCUCCCACUUCUGCAUUCAUUCCUCAGUGGAGAACCUGAGGUCCCUGGUGUCUCGUGCUGCUGUGGCAACGCUGGGAGAACUGUACCUGCACCUGCAGCGCACCAUGGAUACAGAGCUGGAUUGGACCACCAAGGUGCUGCUCCAAAAAGCCGGAGAGUCCAACAGUUUCAUCCGGCAGGAUGUGGGCGUGGCCUUGGGUCACAUGCUGCGCUGCUGCACCCCGUCCCGCAGCAUGAAGGCUCUGCUCAACGGGGGCCUAAGACACCGUAAUGUCGCCGUGAGGGAGUGCGCCGCUCACCAGCUGGAAGCUCUGGUUGAGAGCAUGGGGACGGCUCGCCUGCUCUGCUGCAAAAAGGACAUCAUGAACAGCUUCCUGUCCGCCGUCAGACGAAUGCCACAGGACUCCUCACAGGAAGUCAGAUGCUGUGGUCAACAAAUUAUGGGAAUUUUGAAGGCUCACCAGGACUUUCAGAAGAAGAUGAAAAAGUUUUUCCCUUAAAAUGACUAAUGUCUCAAUUUGAGAUAUUUUAUCCGAUAAUAGUAUGAAAAUUUGGUAGAAGAGCUGUGAAGAUAUACGAAUGCAGCCUGCCUGAUGUUCCCAUGUCUACAUUUUGACAAUUUCUAUGUUUUAUACUUACAAAGAUUUCAACAAUAAAAUGAAGAAGCAUA